UAGUGAUAGUUACAAACGAGCUGAGUGAUACGAUAGGUCAACAGUAAAAAUAUUCGAAAAUGACGAUCAUGUAUUCGAAAUAUUUUAUUUUGUUGAUAACAUACAGCUACCUGUGUUUAGCGUCCGAGUUAAUGAUUUCAAAUUGUGGAAAAACAGAGAUACCUGAAGGUGAUUUAUUGGAAGUAUCAUGCACUGGGUCGGAAGAAAUUGAUAUUUUCUACCCAAAAAAUGAUUAUUAUACUUUUACGUCACCAGCAGAACUAAUUACUAGUACAACAAAAAAUGAAUUUAAAGUAACAUUGAAACGACCUAACGCAGUUCAUGGAGACACUGGAUGGUACGGCUGUGCAAAGGCGAGUGAAAAUGAUCGAAAACUAAACUUAAGGAAUGUUUCGAUCACGCCAUUUAUUUACAGUGAAAUUGAUAUAAAAUGGACUUAUGUUUUUGUCAGAUCCGAAAACAAAACACUCGUGUCUGAUCAUUUAGUUUAUUUUCUUCAAGGUGAAUUUGGCAAAGAUGUUGUUAUUCCAUGCCGCCCAACUUCACCAAAAUAUAAAGUGAAACUAUCGAUCUAUAAUAGUGAACCUACUGAAUAUUUGUCCUUGGGUGAUAAAAUAUCAUAUAAUGAAACCAUAGGAUUUACAUUACACAACAUCAACUCAAGAGAUGCCAAAACUUAUGCAUGUGGCGUUAGACCCAAUGGAGACCAACUUGCGGUUAACGUGACAGUUAAAGUUCCAGAUGCUGAAUCAGGCCUAUUUAGCACGUCCGAAAUACUACAUUUGACAAGUUAUCCACCAAAGCAAAUGAGUGUUGGUGACAAUUAUCAACUUAAUUGCACUAUUUAUGAAAAUAAAAAUUUUACAGAAAAUUUAUUUCAAUGGCUUACACCAAGACAGGGUAAACAAAAGACAAGAUUUAUCAUUGAACCUGGAACUUAUUGUACUUCUUACACUAGUGAACUGACGAUUGAAAACGUCACCGAUGCCGAUGUCGGUGAAUACAAGUGUCAUUUUUAUGGGUUCUCAAUUUUACGUCCAAUAAAAGUUAAUCUCAAACUGCAUACGAAAAGAUAUCUAAAUAUAUCCGAGAGCCUUUCAAACCAGUAUAAACAAAUGAUCGGACAAGAGAUAAAGUGGAAAGUUAAUGUUGCUGCCUAUCCCUUGCCAACAUUUAAAUGGUUCGAUCCCAAGGAAAGAGAAAUCGACAACGAUUGGUCAUUUCGUAAUUACAAAAUUAACGGUGAAAGUUUCAGUAUCGUCUUAUUGAAAAGCAACCUGACCACUGAAGACGGGGGUGACUAUACACUGAUCGCUACGAAUUCAGAAGAAACUAAAACUCUAACUUUUUCUUUGGAAGUCUUGAUGGAGCCAAUUAUAACGAAGCGUACGCAAGAAGAGGUUAAAAAAUAUAAAAAAAAUACAGAAUUAGAGUUUAAAUGUGAAGCUGAGGGAUAUCCUUUGCCGACUAUAACCUGGACUUAUUCAAACAGUUUUGACAGUUCAUCAUCAACUACAGUCAAAAAUGACAUAUUCAAUGAACAUGUAACUCCUAUUGAUAGUAAAAAAGUUACAUCUACUAUUAAAUUGAAUGCCCAAAGAACUGGAAAAGUCACUUGCAAAGCAUGCAAUUACCUUGGCUGCGAUUCUUAUGUUGUAGCGACUAUUAAUAUACCAGUUAUUAUUACAUUAGCGCCAGAAGUAACAUCGAAUUUGGAAACAAUUUCUUUAAGCGAAGGGGAUCCAUUGACAAUCAUAUGCUUAAGUAGCGAACCAACAAUUUUCUUUUAUCCCGUUUCCGACCCCGAAAGUAGAGUAAAUUCAUUAGAGACCAUAAAUGGGCCUAUCUUAAUUGAUCAGAGUUAUCAAAAUGUUUUCGAACGUCAACUGACAGUUUAUACUGACAGUGGAUGGUAUGGAUGUGCCAACACAACUCAAAAGUAUAAAAGAUCUUUUCAAAAUUAUUAUUCCAUCACACCCGACAUUUACAACGACAUUGGGAUCAAAUGGAUUUACGUUUUUGUUAAAUCGAGUUACUACUUGUUUGUUAAUAUUCCUUUUGCUAACUACGGAUUUUUCGGAUAUAUGUUAAAAGUAAACGUUAGUGAUGAUGUUACGAUACCAUGUCGACCAACAUCGUUAGAAUAUCAAGUAGAAUUAAGUACAAAUGGAAACCAAUUACAGCCAAAUAAUUCAUUAUCGUACGAUCCGAGGAAAGGAUUCACCAUUAAAAAUUUUCAAAUUGAUAGUCCGAGAUUUUAUGAUUGUAUUAUUAAUUCAACCGGAAGUGAACAGCGUAAAAUAAGCCAAAUGUCUUUCAAUAUUCUUUUCUCAGAUACAUGGGAUCAACUAAAAACAUCAAAAAUAACCACUAAUUUACUUACUCACAUGGAACUUGGUAAAGACUUUAGUCUAAAUUGUACAGUUCCUCAGAUUUAUCAAAGUAGGGGAUGUUUCGUCAAUUGGUUCACACCAAAACCAAGCAAAAAAUUCAAGACAAAACUUUUCCGUGAAAUCACAUUUGAAAUUUUUCAGACUGCUAUCUUGGAAUUAACAAUUAUAAACGUGACUCUGGAAGAUGUUGGCGAAUAUGAAUGUUAUGCCUACGAGUAUCCGGUGGUAAAAUCUGAAAAAAUUAAUUUGACAUUACACAAUGAAAAUCACUUGGAAAUGUCAAUAGAAGGUUUCAACAAUUCUUAUUCAGAAGAUUUUGGGAAAGAUUUCAUAUUGACUGUCAAUGUUGAUGCGUAUCCACUACCAAAAUUUACGUGGUUGGAUCCUACAGGACAAGAAAUAGAUAACAAUUGGAAUUUUCAUGAUUAUCAAGUUAAUGGAGAAAAAUUUUCUAUUACUUUGGCAAAAUAUCAUUUAAGCUUCAAUGACACGGGUGAUUACACACUUAUUGCUGAUAAUUCGGUAUUAAAAAAAAUUUUAACUUUUCAUCUUGAAGUCACAGGAUUACCAAACAUUGUAGAUAAGAGAAGUACUAAGGGGAUUUAUUCAUUAAAUCAACAAAUUGACUUGAAGUGUGAAGCUAGAGGGUAUCCGUUGCCAAAUAUAGAAUGGAGUUACCUCGAUGAAUACGAUAAACCAAUAGAAGGCUUAAAAACUUAUAAUGCUUUUCCGGAGGAGGACACUGUUUCCAAUACUACAAAUAUAUCAUCAUAUAUCGCAAUAAAUAGUUCAAAUUCUGGUUCUAUAACAUGCAGGGCAUGUAAUAUACAUGGUUGUGAAACAGCUAAAUUACACUCUGUAACUGUUCUAGGUGGUACUAAUAAGGGGACUGAAAAUUUUAAAUCUGCACAUAUUAGUAUGGCUGCUAAUGUUGGCGAGACUGUUCAGUUGAACUGCAGCGUACCGAUCGAUCGGCUUUCCCACAAUUUCGAAUGGUUUAAUGACAGUGUUCCUCUGACAUCCAAUGAGGAAAUAGUGAUUGAUGAAUCUUCAUCAUUGCAGUCGCAUAGUUUACUAUUGACUAUCGCAAAUGUUAAGAAAUGGCAUCAAGGUACUUAUUCUUGCAGAGAAAAAACAGCCAAUGAUUUUGUUGUAAAAAACCAGUAUCAUCUUACAGUUAAUGCUUCCGCAGCAUUUUCGGCUUCAGUUGUCGUACAAUUAUUAAUAAUUUUAAUAAUCUUUCUAAUGUAACACAGCCAUCAUACUAAAAGCCACUCUGACGCCCAGUACGGAUUCCUAUGGUUAUCUUAUAAAUUCCCCUAUACAUUUCCGUGAGAAUUCAUGAAGGUAUUAUUAUAAGUUCAUAUUAGUUUCCAUCGGGAACAUUAUGGAUUUUCAUUGAGAUCCCAAUACGAAUACGUACAUAAUCCCAUGGAAAUCUAGCCGGGAAUACCAUAGAAAUCCAUAUGGAUUUUUUAGAUAGUGUAUCGAUUAGUUUUCUUCAAGUGUUGUCUUUGUGGACGCAAUAUAUUUCCGCUCUUAUUUUAUCUUCUUAGAUUUAGAAAUCCAGCCAUAAGCUCCCUAUUAAUUUCUUAAUAAAGCCCUGGAUGCAAUUACUUACAUUAUAAAUAAUUACAUUUGUCUAAGUGCUUUCAUUUAUUGAAUAUUACUAUCAAUAUCAUAUGCAAUUUAUUGUUAAUUAUAACUAUCAACAUAUUAAACGAUAAUAAAUUAUUUA